AGGAAAUGACAGCGCUGUAAAAAGUGCAGCAGCGUAGCUCUUUAGGGAAACAAGUUUAGAGCGACGACUUUGGUGUGGGCACAGUCGACCCUACACUGAUGUGGCCAUGUCCAAGAGAAUGAACACUCUGGCAGUGCCAGCGGGUCAGAUGACCCAGGCGGUCUCUGAUGGGGAGCUCAACUUCAAGUUAUCCAGUCGUGGAAGCAGCUCCAGCCUAUCAGAGAACUCGAGCAGGUCAGGUGGUCCUCAAGGUGCUGAUGGUCCAGCCAGUCGGGUGGUCAGCUGGGCGGUAUGUUUCGAACGCCUGCUUGAAGACCAUGUUGGUGUGCGAUACUUUACCGAGUUUCUCAAAUCAGAGGUUAGUGCGGAGAAUAUCCUGUUCUACCAAGCCUGUGAAAAGUUCAAGAAAAUCCCACCCACUAGACUGGAAGAGGUAUGUGACUUUAUUAUUAAGUUGGCUUGAAAAAGCCAACUUACUGAUCUACUAUUUAAUCUUAU